AUCUUUGUGUCAUUCUCACUCAAACACAAGAAAAACAAAAUUCACAACACAACAAUUUUUCUUCCUCAAUAAUAACCCACUCAACCUCUCAUAUCAAUCAUAAUACUCUAUUCUUUCAUUGCCUUUUCAUAACACCAUUUCACCCUCCAAAACCUCUCCUUGGCUAGCUGAUACAUCAAGCAAUACUCAUCAUCAUCAAAGAAUGUGUGGUGGUGCUAUCAUCGCUGACUUCAUUCCUCGCCGUGACGGCCGCCGUCUCACCGCCUCGGAGCUCUGGCCUAACUCAUUUGGCCAACAGAUUGACUCCUCAAACUUCGGUUUUUCUCAUACUGCUGCUGAUCAACAACCACCCAGCACUCUCAAAAGAUCACAGCCUCCCAAAGUUAAUGAACGAGUUGAGAAGCCACUGAAAAAACAGAGGAAGAAUCUCUAUAGAGGAAUUCGACAGCGUCCAUGGGGAAAAUGGGCUGCAGAGAUUCGUGAUCCAAGAAAAGGAGUUCGUGUUUGGCUUGGUACAUUCAACACUGCUGAAGAAGCUGCUAGAGCUUACGACAAAGAAGCUCGAAAAAUCCGUGGCAAAAAAGCUAAGGUUAAUUUUCCUAACGAAGAUGAUGAAUAUACCAUUCAUGCUACUCGUCGCUACAAUAAUAAUCCUCCACCGAUUCGACCACAGAAGCUUCCUCUAUAUCAUCAACAACACUAUCAGAAGAAUCUGAACUUGGAAUUUGGUUAUGAUCUGAACCAAACUGACACAAUUCAUGCUAUCAAUACUGGUUCUGGUGGUGAUGAGAAUUCUUUAUUUGGGUCUGGUUCAGUUUCAGAGGUUGGUUUUUCUGUGAUGGAGUUCAAUGGUGGUUCCAAUCAGAAUGAAUUCGGUUAUUUUGGUGGUGUUGUGAAUGAACAUGAAAAAGAGAAAGAGAAAGUGGUAGAACAAGAAACACAUGUUGUUGAACAAGCUGAAGCUGAAUUAGCAAAAAAUGAGGUACAAGAAUUGUCUGAUGAAUUGUUGGCAUACGAGGAUUACAUGAAGUUUUAUCAGAUUUACUAUGAUGGACAAUCAGUGAUGCCACCUAAUAAUGUUCAGGAACAUGUGGUUGGAGAUUUAUGGAGCUUUGAUUGAUGGUAACAAUAACUGUUUUUCAUGCUUCGGUUUCUUCUGUGAAGCUUCUGUGAAGACAGAAUUUUUCCCAUUCUUAUUAUUCGGUUAUCUCUAUUUUGCAUUUAGUAUGGAUGGAAUUGUAAAUUUGGCUACUUUGAAUUUCGAUUCUCUAGUUUAUCUAUUUUUGAGUUAAUUAGUAGGGUUAUGUCAAGUUUUGUUCAAUUGUAAUUUUUUGGUGUUUAACCAAAUGAAAUUAACAAUGUUUCAAUUCCAA